AAUUGUUCAUUCACAUUUAUGCAGACAAAAAGCAAAAACAGAUUGAAACAAGUUUAUCAACAUAUCGUACAAAAAGUGACAACUCUUCAUGGUUGGAUAGGGAAUUAUGAAUAUGGAAGACUCUUUACUCCAAGGAUUCCCUAUUUGUUCCAUUCUAAGACAACUCCUCCUUUUCUUGCACAUAAGGAAGAACUGCCUAUCUUGGCAGCAGCCAUUGUUGGCUUUCAGCAUGCUUUGGCAAUGAUGGGAGGUAUUGUUACGGUUCCAUUGAUACUAUCUGGAUCGGGAAGCAACAACUUGAACUUGGACGAUUCUUAUCGCACCUAUAUGGUUGCUUCUGCUCUUAUUGCUUCAGGCAUUCUCUCUAUCAUUCAGAUAACGGGAUUGAAGAUAAGAAAAACUGGAUAUCAACUAGGAACUGGGCUUAUUAGUGUAGUUGGUACUAGUUUCACUACCCUGCCGGUGGCCCAAGCAGCAUUUUCUACUAUUCGAAAGCAUGGGGAAUAUAACUGCUCCUUGGAAGGUCCUUGUCCUGAAGCCUUUGGAGCUAUGUUAGGCACAAUCAUGGUUUGUUGCUGGUUAGAGGUUGCUAUAAGUUUUCUUCCUCUCACAAUUUUAAGAAGGGUAUUUCCUCCCCUCGUGACGGGUUCCGUUGUGGUGUUGAUUGGAGCUUCAUUGGUAGCAUCAGGUUUCCAAGAUUGGGCAGGAGGUAGCGGUUCUUGUUAUAAUUACUCUAGAGCAGUUUCUAAUUUGGAAGCUCUUGGAGUUGAAAACAUAUCUGCUAUCCUUCCAUCCAGUUUGAGCAUUUGCCCGUCUUCUCAAUACGCUUAUCAGAAAUAUCCUUUUGGAGAUGCAAAAUGGAUUGGAUUGGGCUCCAUUGUCUUUUUGACCAUCAUAGUGAUUGAGAUAUUUGGUUCGCCAUUUAUGCGCACAGCAGAAAUUAUGAUUGGCUUCUUACUUGGAUUACUUGUUGCCUCAGUUCUUAAUUAUACCAAUAUAGAAUCUGUUCAGG